GCCGUUAAGCCCAAUUCCAAUUGAAGAGUGAAGUCUUCUUCUCCCUAAAUCUUCAACUCCCCUUCUGUUUCUACCUAAAUCUUCACCGUUUGAUACCAGUGAUGUUGAUAAGAUCAUUAUAGGAUAGGAAGCCAUCUGCUGCUCGAACCAGGAAGUGAACGGGAAAAGAUUACAUCUUUUGUUGGUAAAAUAUGGUUGAUGCAUGGACCCUGCUGGGGGCUGCUGUCGUUCCAGUUAUCAUUGCUGGUAGAGCUUUGCGAACGAGAGCAAGACAUGCUGAGGAGCAAAGAUUAAGAAGUGCGUGGAGCCGGGAGAAGAGCGGGGAUGACAUUUUUGUGUGCGAGAGAGUUUGCACGUCGAAGAGGAUGUUGAAGAAAGUAGGAGCCUUCGCCAAGGAUCCUAUCCCUGAUACUUGCAUUACAGUAUGUGGUGUUUCUGAGCUCGAUGCUUGUGCUGAUGCCUGUGCUCGAACUGUGUGUGUCAACCAACAUCAAGUACCCAACUGGAACGACAUUUGCCUCCGGAGAUGCCAGAGUGAGUGCCUCAAAUUAUCUGAGUCUCGCAUUGCACGUUGAAUUAUUUGAUUUUGUGUUAUCUGAUUAACUCCACAACAGUUAUGUUCUUGCUGUUAUCUUUAUUGGAUGGAUAUAUCAUCUGUUUUUUACUUUGCCAAAUAUAUGUGAAAUCCCUUGAUUGCAGGUCA